UUCCCAAAUGUGCGUGUGAGGCGCAUGUGUGAGGAGCAGAUCCCUUCCCUCACUUGUGCCCGUGAAGAAGCAAGCAAUCAGAUCACAGAUGGCUAGGAUUAUGCUUUGAUUGCUUUUUCUUUGAUCCCAACGCCAAUUUUCCCCAGCUCGGAUUUCAAUUGGUUUCUCUCCUUUCUUUGCUUGUCGUAGUUUGCAGUUGCUGACUUCAACGGGUUUAAAUUUUGUUUCUGAUUCUCAUCGAUGAUCAGGUAAAGCAUACUUUCCUUUUGUUAAAAAGUGCACUUGAACAUAUGGAUUCAAUUUUUACAUGGCAUGCAUCACUUUGAGGAAAUUUGAAUAUGGGGACUCCCAGUUUCUUGUGGAAUUUUAUGAAGUCCAUAACAGGUGGGCUGAUAGCUCUCACCAUUUCAGAUAGAUAUGCAAGUAUUGUCUCUGUUCAUGGCCUCUCCAUGCAUCAUACAUUCAAUUCAAGCACCAAUAGUGUUUUGAGAUCAUUGUCAGAUGACUAUGUUUUGGUGGAGAAGUUUUGUCUUGCAAAUUAUAAGUUUACAGGUGGAGAUGUGAUAGUGUUUCGGUCCCCUAAUAAUCACAAGGAGAAACAUAUAAAGAGAAUAAUUGCCAUGCCAGGUGAGUGGAUUAAAGUCCCCCAUUCACAUGAUAUGUUGAAGAUUCCAGAAGGGCAUUGUUGGGUUGAGGGGGACAAUUCAGCUUCCAGCUUGGAUUCAAGAUCAUUUGGCCCGGUUUCUCUGGGGCUGGUUCAAGGGAAGGUUACCCAUAUAGUCUGGCCUCCGCAGAGAGUAGGUCAAGUGAGGAGAAGCAUUCCAGAAGGAAGAUUUUCUUUCUGACUCUUAUAUGCAUGUGCAAGCAUAGGACAGCCGGAUCUAUUGCUGGAUCUCCAAUAGGAACACACCUUUGAAUGCUGUCUAACUAUAGACUGCUACAUGAACACAAUGUAUGGUAUGUAUUUACAAGCUCGAAGGUGCAUUCCUAUUAGAACCGGCCUGCUAUAGGUAACCAGAAAAUCCUUAUCUCUAAUUCUUGCCAAUGUUGAAAGUGAUGAUUCCCAUUUAAAAGUUCAAAUCUCCUGCAAGCAUGGCUUCUCAAAUCACCACAAACCAAUGAUUUCAACUAUGAUGUCAGAAAGACAUGGUACCGGAACUUAUAACCAAUCAACUGGCAUCAUAGAAGUGGUAACCAAUCAGAUAGAUUUCCUUCAAAAUUCCUGGGGGUUUUGAUUGGUCCAAGCCUUUCCAUUAUCAUAGAUUUUCCUGGUAUUUAUCAUGCUAGUAUUGGUCUGUAGCAGUUGUUAGUCAACUAUUACAAACUGUUCACAACUGCUAUAAACCAUUACAAACCCAUAUUUAACAUGUUACAAAAUUGUUGCUGAAGACGGGUACUCGACUGUUACAAACUCAUAUUCAACUAUUACA